AUUAUGGAUUCAUGAAUGCCGCUAGCUUUCAAUCAUUAUUUAAUGUUUAUCAAUUUUGCUUUUCCGUAUACAUGUUUUGAUCUGUUCCAUAAUUUAGGUUUAUAGUUCCAUAUAUGGAGCUGUUUUCUUUGAUUACCGUGUUACGUAUUUCUAGUUUCUGCGUAAAUUCUCCAAGUCGAAGUAAGGGAAAAUUUAAUGAGUUUGACAAUGAGAACUUCUUUAGUGCGGUUGUACUUAGAUAGGACUAAGAAACUUUUCUGCUUGUGUUCCAUUUGAUGUAGAAAUCUGGCUCUGAAAUAUGUAUACUAUGAGGCUUCACUUUGAGGUUUUGAUACUGGGAGAAAAGGGAAUGCUAUAUUUGAGUGAAUUUGAGUUUCACUUGUUUUUUUCUGGAAUGAAGUUGUUCAACUGGCAUCGGGUUUUCUGAGGCGAGGUGAAAUAAAGGAGGACGCAGUCGUGUUUGAGUAAUUACAGGGGGAGUAUAGUUUGCCUCCAACGUAGAUUGGAAAUCGAGAAAUUUAGCUAAUUGUUAAGUAGAACUAUUGAAUAUAUUGUGGGAUUGGUCAAUUCAAGAUUAGGAGGCAAUGAGCUGUCAAGUUCAGAUAAUUUGAGACUGACGAACCUUGGUGAUGCCUUAAGUCGUUGCUUGUAAUUAUCAUACUUUUGUUGCAGCCAUAGUAGACUUUUACCUCCCCUAUCAAUAUAGGCAUCAGUUGGUUUGCAUCGAAAAAUACAUAAAAUGGAACUGGUUGACGAAGUGCAUUCUAUUUUUCCUUUAGAGUAUAGAUUUAUGUGGAUUUAUACAUAUGGAAGAGUAAGGGACAAUUAGUAUCUGGAGCACAAGUCUUUGAUCAUAUCCCAAGUCUUUGGUCAGCAUGCUGCCGUGACUGUUUUGGCUUACGCCUGAAUGUUUAAGUGAUAGACGAAAUGUUAGCUGGAGUGGUGAUAAAAUGGUUAUUUGGACUGAGUCUAAAAAGAUUCGAAAACCCAAAGCCUGGAAGCAUUCAGAGCCAAUAACAAGAGCACAACUGACGCAGAUGCGUGAGGAGUUCUGGGACACUGCUCCACACUAUGGUGGUCGUAAAGAAAUUUGGGAUGCACUCCGAGCAGCAGCGGAAGCCGAUUCCACCCUUGCACAAGCAAUCGUGGACAGCGCAGGUGUCAUUGUUCAGAACCCCGACUUAACAAUCUGCUAUGAUGAGAGAGGUUUGCUCUUGAUUUGGUCCUCCAAUAAAUCAGAUCUUGUUAAAUCAGAAGUCAUGAUUUUGAUGUUACUGCAGGUGCCAAGUAUGAGCUGCCCAAGUAUGUUCUGAGUGAGCCUACAAAUCUGAUCCAUGGCAGCUGAGAACCUUUGCUAAGACUGUAUAUUUUGUAAAUUGGUUUCUUUGUCCUUUUAUUUCAACCUUUUUUUUCUCUCAUUUUUGUUGAAUAGUAUGAAGCUAUUUGGAGUUAUACUUUGAUUUAACAACAGCAUCUAAUAUUGUGUAAACAUGAUAGAGAUAUCUGUUUGAAACCUGUAUCAUAGUAAAUGAAUGCAGUUCCAAAUUGCAGUUUCAAAUGAUUA